UUUGAAGCGCGUCGCGCGCGGUCGUUCAUAUUGGCUGAAACUGAAACAAAGUUAAAUUCAUUUUAUUGGUUCGUAAGAGCAUUACCAACUAUUGCUAUCAAAUGUCAAUUUGUGCCUAAAGUGGAACCGUGUUAACCAAUUAUUCGGGCCUUAGAAAAAAGUAUUAAAAGCGAAAGCACAAACAAUAGCAAAAGCAUAAGCAAAACCAAGAGCUACUACAAUCAUGUUGAAACUGUGGAAUGCCCUGACUCGCCGUAAAACGGACGAUGUCCAUGAGAGCGAAUCGAUGUUGGCCCGUGUGCUGAAUCUCUUUGAUCUGACGGCGCUCGGAGUGGGCAGCACAUUGGGCCUGGGCGUCUAUGUGCUGGCUGGCCAGGUGGCGUACAAUAUCGCGGGUCCGGCUGUGACCAUCUCCUUCCUGAUAGCGGCCCUCGCGUCGGCAUUUGCGGGCAUUUGCUAUGCGGAGUUUGCGGCUCGUGUGCCCAAGGCGGGCAGCGCCUACGUCUACAGCUAUGUGACCAUUGGCGAGUUUGUGGCCUUCACGAUUGGCUGGAAUCUAAUAUUGGAGUACGUGAUUGGCACGGCGUCAGUGGCACGUGGCCUGAGCGGCUACUUUGACUCGCUGAUCGAUAACAACAUGUCGAAGGCGCUCUUCGAGGCGAUGCCCAUCAAUGUGAGCUUCCUGGGCGACUAUCCGGACUUUUUGUCCUUUGGCAUGGUUCUGCUGCUCGCUGCUCUGUUGGCUUUUGGUGCCAAGGAGUCCAGUUUCUUGAAUAACAUCUUUACCACGGUCAAUUUGGUAACAAUUGGAAUCGUUCUCGUGGCUGGCGGCAUGAAUGCCAAUCCGGACAACUGGCGCAUUCCAGCCAGCGAAGUGCCUUCCUGGGCCGGUACUGGCGGCUUUAUGCCCUAUGGCAUAGCCGGUGUUAUGGCUGGCGCUGCCAAGUGCUUUUAUGGCUUUGUGGGCUUCGAUUGCAUCGCCACCACCGGCGAGGAGGCCAUCAAUCCCAAGCGCAACAUUCCCUUGGCCAUUGUGGUAUCGCUGAUCAUCAUCUUUCUGGCCUACUUUGGCGUCUCCACGGUGCUGACCAUGAUGCUGCCCUACUAUCUGCAGGAUCCGGAUGCACCAUUCCCAAAGGCCUUCGAUUCCGUCGAAUGGUAUACGAUCAAAUGGAUUGUGACGAUCGGAGCCGUGUUUGCGCUCUGCACCAGCCUGCUGGGCGCCAUGUUCCCACUGCCCCGCAUUCUGUAUGCCAUGGGCAACGAUGGCAUUCUCUUCAAGCGUCUGUCCAAGGUGCAUCCAUAUACGAAGACGCCGCUGCUGGCCACAAUCAUCUCUGGCAUAUUUGCAGCCGUGAUGGCCAUGUUAUUCAACCUGGAUCAGUUGGUUGACAUGAUGUCCAUCGGCACACUGCUCGCCUAUACGAUUGUGGCCAUUUGUGUGCUGGUGCUGCGCUACCAGGAUGAGCAGAUGACCAAAGUGGUCUCCAUACGCGCUCCGAACGUAAUCCGGCAGUUCUUCUGCAACAGCUACAAGGUGCCCAAUACGAUGACCUCGGCCAUAACCAAAUUCGCCAUCGUGAUCUUUGCCAUCUUCUGCAUCAUCUGGUGCAUCUUCAUGCAGGUCUUCGACACAGCCGCAACUGGUGGCAUUGUCGGGCUCAGUGUUGUCGGCUUACUGCUCAUUAUCAUUUGCAUUGUGAUCGCCCUGCAGCCGGUGUCGACGAUUGAGCUUACGUUCAAGGUGCCGCUGGUGCCGUUUGUGCCCUGCCUGAGCGUCUUUGUCAAUUUGUAUUUGAUGUUCCAGCUGGACCUGUUUACGUGGAUACGUUUCCUCAUCUGGAUAGCCAUUGGCUAUUGCAUCUACUUUGCCUACGGCAUUCGCAACUCAACGCAAAUCUCGAGAAAUCGCAAUCACGCCGAGGUGGCUGCCAAUGCCAUGCAAAACUCGGACUCCCAUCACCAGGAGCACGAGAAUCGCGCCUUCGAGCCGGACUGGAAGCUGGAGAACGGCAUUAAGCCGCAGUACGAGUAUUCAGAAAAGCUGUAAAACGAUCUAGGAAACUCGAACGUGUAUAGCAGAGCAAGUAUUAUAAGUUGCCUUAUAGCUUAAGGCUGUGCCCCAUGGCUGAAUAACAAAUGAGCUGAUAUUAUCAUAUAAUAUUAUAUUCACUAACCAUUUUAAAUCAGG